CAGAGACACAGCUGGAAUAAACUCACUCUGUGCUUCUGUACAACACUGACAAAUACACACAUGUACGUGAUCUGGAAAAGGGAGUUAUGACACCUGCUUGCAAGAUACACAGAAGAUCUGAUAGAAAUCUGAGCGUCGUGACGUGGAUGAUGACUCUGGAACGGCUGAGAAGCAUGCUAAAGCAGAUUGAGGAGAAGGAUGUCGAUUUUGAAGAAAUCAAACAAAAUUUGGAUUUCACGGCAUCGUUACUGGAGGCAGUAUAUCUCGAUGGACCGAGACAAUGUCUGGAGUCAGAGGACGAUCUUCAGCAGCUGCAGUCAGAUGGGGUGCCAUCAGAGGUCACUGACUGGCUGGCGUCCACCUUCACCCGGAGGAUUCGACGGCCUUUGAGACGUUCAGAUGAGAAGCCCAAGUUUCGCAGCAUUGUGCAUGCAGUGCAGGCUGGCAUAUUUGUGGAGAGGAUGUUCAAGAGGGCCUACACAGCAACUAUGCCAGACCAACCUGAGGCAGUCGUAAACUGCCUUAGGGAUGUGGACCGCUGGAGCUUUGAUGUUUUUGCUCUGAACUCCGCUAGCUCUGAUCACGCACUACAAACUCUGUUCUUUGAACUGAUCACAAGAUAUGACCUCAACAGCCGCUUUAAGAUUCCCAUCUCAUGCCUGACUGAAUUCCUAUCUGCCCUGGAAAAAGGAUACUGCAAAUAUAAUAAUCCAUAUCACAACCUCGUUCAUGCAGCUGAUGUGACUCAGACCAUGCACUGUCUGCUGCUGCGCUCCGGACUCGUGCACUGGCUGACAGAGCUUGAAGUGAUGGCAUCCCUGUUUGCUGCAGCCAUUCACGACUUCGAACACACUGGAACCACAAAUAACUUUCACAUCCACACAAGGUCAGAGUUUGCUCUGAUUUACAACGACAGAUCUGUGCAGGAAAGUCAUCACCUAAGUGCAGCAUUUCACCUGCUGCAGGACGACCAGAUGAACAUCUUCAUUAAUUUGACACGAGAAGAGUGGAUGGAGAUGCGAUCACUUGUUAUAGAGAUGGUUUUGGCCACUGACAUGUCCUCCCACCUAUUUCAAGUGAAAGCAAUGAAAUCCUGUCUACAACAACAAGAGCGGAUGGAUAAGCCCAAAGCGUUGUCUUUGUUACUGCACACGGCUGACAUCAGCCAUCCAUCCAAGCCCUGGGCCCUGCACUCUCGCUGGACCAAAGCCUUAAUGGAGGAGUUUUUCAGGCAGGGCGAUAGAGAGGCGGAGCUCGGCCUUCCCUUCUCUCCACUGUGUGAUCGAAAAAGUACCUUAGUAGCUGAGUCCCAGAUAGGUUUCAUUGACUUCAUUGUGUAUCCUACAUUUUCCCUGUUGACGGACAUGGCAGAGAAAAUUGUUAUUCCUUUGGUGGAGGAAAACCCAGGACCCCCAGAUCCCUGCAACAGACACAGUAAUCUCUGGAAGGAAAGCUCCAGGGGUCUGCAGUGGAGUCUGGCACACAUCACAGCUGAGCUGGUGAGCUUUCGCUCGACUUGGACUCGACACACAGAAGACAACAAGCUCAAAUGGAAAGAGAGUGGCUCAAAUGCUUAUCAAAAUUUUCCAAUGCCUUUUCCAACCUUUAAUUUCCUCCAGGAUUUUCUGACUCCAGCGUUACAAAAGAACAACGAUCCAUGGAGGAGGAGAGGUCAGAAAAAUCUCUACAAGACAGCAGUGAAAAUACAAAACAGUAGAAGGGACUUUCUUAUGAUUUGGGCUUGUUACCGAGAAUUUCUACAUUGUUAAACUGAGGCUGGGAAUCACUUUUUGUAACAAAACCACACAUUUUUUUUGUUAUAAUGUGUGACAGAGAAGGAGGCAUGAUUAGACUUAAGAUCAUCUUCCAAAGGUAAGAUGAUGUGCAAUACAUACUAUGUCAUUAUGUCUUAUUUCAAGAGUAAGUAGUACACCACAGUAAUUUAAAUGGAAAGUCGACAUGCUGGUCAUGUCAUUUAGUUGUCAGACGUUUUAAUUUAAAUUUCCACUUAAACACAACAGAAACUUUUUCCAGUUGUAGUUAUAGAACUACACAGACAUAUUUAUCCUGCAUUAAACUCUAAACAUACAACAUUUUGACUUAUGUGACUUAUUUAAGAGUUUCUAUGGGGGCUGAGUGCAGUAUUUUUACUUAUUUUGCAAAAGUUUCCAGAUUUAUAAUGCAUGGUUUUAAAUUCUGGCCUUUUACUUUUUAUAUAUUUCUAGCAUUUAAAUUGGUGGUUUGCAAAUAUUUGUCUGAGGUAAUCAUGUGGAGGUAUUUGGUGCAAAGUAUUUGUACCUUGUAACUGUAAAGUCACAUAGAACUGGGUUUGAAUAAUUCUAUUAGUGUAGGACAAUUUAGUCAAAACUUUGUAGUUUUGACACUUCAAAGUUUUGACUUUGUAGUUAAAACAGUUUUUAAAUACACUCAAGGUAUAAUCAGGUGGAAUCACCAUUUAGCCAUUUCCCAAGGCGGACUAAAACCAGAAGCCACCUUCAACUUCGCAUGACUCUGUAUGGUUCCGAGAGGCCUCUCUGUUCUGUUAAAUAAACAUCUAAUAAAUAUUUAUCCAUAAAACUCCUGCAUAAACUCCUAAAGAGUUUAUGCAAUGUUUGGUGAUUUAAUAUGUGCUGAAAGGCUGACGGAUAGCUGCAAGAUGCCAACAAUACUCUCAGUCCCCACAAUCUUAAGCAAGGUGUUUUUACAGUUUGUUAAUACUGAGUCCAACAACGCCUCCUGCUGUAUGGGCAUAUUAAUUACCCAUAAGUCACAUAUUUUUGCUCCACUAUCAACAUUACAAAUGUAGCAAAAUGGACUUGUACUUCAGAAUUUAGAGGGGCAGCUGAUGUUUUGUAAUAAGCUAAACACCUUUUCUGAUUCAAAGUUUACAGAUGCAUUCUGGUUCAGUGGUUUACAUGAUUGUCAAAUAGAAAGAGAUUUAUUUUCUAGAUCUGCUAAAAACUCGCAGGCUUGCUGUUAAAGCCGGGACUCUGGGUGGGCCAUUCCAAAAAUGAGUUACUUUGGCAGAUUUGCAAAGAUAAUUUUUGAACUUAAAUCUGACGGGGGAAUAAAUAUACAUUCUAAUCCUGCCCCAGGAGUCUCUAUUAGUGGCUUCAUCUGGGAGAGAAACAAAGCUAAACUGAGCCAGUUGUUAAACUUAGGGGAUGAAAAGCAGAUACUUAUAGUUAGUGGCUGCAAUUGGUUUUUCACUGGGCUUUCCCAAAAGUUUGGCAAGGGUAAACACAGGAUGACAGGCAAUAUUAUUUUCAGAGAGAAUUUUAAGCAAUUGGCAACCAUAGCUCUGCUGAUUCGGCUGCUCCAAAAAAGUGCCAUAGCUUUUCAGAAAUGUUCAGCAAGUUGCAACUUCUAUGAAGAGCAAAAACAAACAAAACAAAAAAAAA